AUGAUUGGUGACAUUCCCGGGGCCCGUAAGCCUGACGACCCUGUCUGUACAUCUGAUUUAACCACGCCUGCCUCAAUCUCCACUCCUCAGGAACAAGAUGCUCGUCCUCCUCUCCGUACAACGCCUGUUACGCAAGAUUCCUCUACUUCGCUUCAGGUCGUCUCCUCUCCUUCCGAGUCUGAAUUAGCCUGUGUUGUUCAGACUCGUGUUGCUUCUGCGCGUGUGAGACGCCUGCAUCCGCCUGUUCUCUCCGACUUACAACCACUCAAGGUAACGCCCGCCGACUUUGCUCGUUUACAGGAGACCUGCCCCUCCCUCGGCGUAGUGCGCGCCAAGGCUACUGCCGGACUGCCCGAUGUAGCCCGGAAUGGAGCGUCCUACAAGUUCUCCUGGACGAAUGGACUCCUGUAUAGAGACUGUGUCGCUUCUAGCCGGCCCGGCAAGGUCGGGACUCGGACGUUGGUGCUCCCUUCUGACUGCCGUCAAAUCGUGCUACAAGUGGCCCACGAGAGUCCCCUCGCCGGUCACUUCUCUCAUCGGAAGACGGAAUCGAAGGUGAGCGAUAACUUCUUCUGGCCUGGCAUGUGGGCCGAUAUCCGUGACUACUGUCGGUCCUACGACAUAUGCCAGCGUAAGUCUUAUAAGGGCCAGGUUAAACCCGUCCCCCUCCAACCAUUGCCUGUCGUCACGGAACCAUUCUCCAGAGUUGCUGUGGAUGUGGUGGGCCCUCUCUCUCCGCCGUCUGCAGAAGGACACUGGUAUAUUCUCAUCCUGAUUGACUUUGCCACAGGGUUCCCUGAAGCCAUUCCACUCAAGGAUGUGGACUCUGUUUCUGUUGCUGAGGCUCUUCUGUCUUCAUUUUCCAGGGUCGGAAUUCCCCGGGAAAUCCUGAGCGACAGAGGUACUCAAUUCACUUCUCAGCUAAUUGCCGAGCUUCACAAGCUACUUGGUGUGAGGCCCCAGUUCACCACACCGUUUCAUCCGAGUGGUAAUGGUCGAGUGGAGAGGCUGCAUGGGCCCCUCAAAGCUGCUCUACGGAAGGACUUAUGGGAAGACCGUGACCUGCAGGAGGAAGAACGGACGAGUCUGCAAUACGUCAUCGAGCUCAGGGAGAAACUGACCGAAUGUGCUCAGCUCGCCGCCCGGGAGGCUGACGUAAGUACUGCAAAGUACAAGUCUUAUUUUGACCUGCGAUCCCAAGAUAGACAAUUCAAACCUGGCGACGAGGUCCUAGUUCUUCUUCCUGACUCUACCAAGAAGUUCCUCGUUUCCUGGCGUGGCCCAUUCAAAGUGUUGGAACGACGAAACAAAGUGGACUACCUGGUUGAUGACCCGAGGGGGCCUAAGCUGUACCACGCCAACCUCCUAAAAAGGUACCAUCGCCGCGCUCAAGUAAACUUCGCGUAUGUCAAGGACGAUACUUCAGCGCCGGAUGAUGACUGUUCACCCACAGGACCUUUGGAAGCAGAGGACCCUGACGACCUUGUUCCCUGUCCUUUGGUCUGUUCCGUUCCUGAUUCCGCCCUCAACCCGGCGCUGGACAUCAACAAGUCCCUGGAGUGGAACCAGCGCUCAUCGUUAGAAGACGUACUUUCCACCUUUAAGGACGUAUUUUCAGAGACUCCAGGUUGCACCAACACCCUGCAACAUGACAUAAUUUUAACCACCACCAACAGAGUCCUCACGAAGAACUACCCUGUGCCGAUCCACCUCCGUCCUUACUUUGAGAAGGAAGUUAACAACCUCCUCCAACUAGGCAUCAUCCAGCCGUCGUCCUCUCUACACUGCUCUCCCGUGGUAAUGGUACGCAAGUCUGACGGGAGCUACCGAAUGGCCAUAGACUUCAGGCAACUUAACUCCGUUACUGUUUUUGAUGCUGAGCCCACCUGUUCCGUCGAAGGGGACUUGCACAAGUUUGCAGGAGCUACCUACUUUUCGGAGCUUGACUUGUGCAAGGCCUACUACCAGAUCCCCUUGACCGACCGUGCCAAGCCUCUCACUGCUUUUUCCACCCACCAAGGAUUGAUGGAGUUCUGUCGACUUCCCUUCGGUCUCGUCACCGCCUGCUCCACCUACAUCCGCCUCAUGAGGACUGUUCUCGCGGAUCUGCCUAACAUCUCCUUUUAUUUUGAUAACGUCUUCAUUUACUCGUCAGAUUGGCCCAGUCACCUAACAGCUCUAACAUCUGUCCUUGAGCGGCUUCGUCAUCACCGGCUGACGGCGAAACCAUCCAAGUGUCGGUUUGGCUUCCCUUCUAUCCAGUACUUGGGGUUUGUGAUUGACGUGGUGCACCUUCGCCCCAUGCGGGACAAGACUGAGGCCCUGAAGCAGAUCAGCCCUCCUACUACCAAGAAAAGUCUUCGCAGCUUCCUGGGGAUGGCUUCGUUCUACCGCUGUUUCAUCCCCAUGGCUGCCGAGCUCGCGGGACCUCUCCGACCUUCCCCGGAAACCCCAACUCGGAAGCUGCUUGACCGGGAAAGGAGAUACGCCCCCAUCGAACGAGAAGCCCUUGCCAUUUUGUUCGGGAUCUCCAAGUUUGACUUCUACCUCAGAGGUAAAGAGUUCAUUUUAGAAACAGAUCAUAAACCUCUGGUAUAUCUCCACAAGUCCAAGUGCUCCAACGACAGACUGUUGAGGUGGGCCCUUCAGCUGCAGAACUACCCGUUCCAGUUGGUUCAUCUUGCCGGCCGAGACAACGUGGGCGCAGACUUUCUGAGUCGCUCCUUAGGAGGUGAACGUUAG